AGAAUAGGUAAGAAUGGCGGAUCGUCAUAGCAGCCCUGGCCAAGCACAGAGGCCAACUGCAAGAGCAGCUACCGGUGGCGGUGGCGGUACAUUCCUGAGGAAACUGCAAGUCCAUGCUCCCAAUUCCACACAACUUAUGGGUUUCUUAACGCUGAUGAUCUCUGGAAGUAUACUGCUUCUCCUCACAGGGCUAACGCUGAGUGCCAGCGUUUUGGGAUUGAUCUUCAUCACUCCGUUGAUCCUGUUGACCAGCCCGAUAUGGGUACCGGCAGGAACAUUGCUAUUGAUAGGUGUGAGUGGAUUCCUAUCCAUGUGUGGGUUCGGAGUGGCGGUGGUGGCAGGGCUAUCGUGGAUGUAUAAGUACCUCAGAGGGAGGCAUCCUCCGGGAUCUGACAGUUUAGAUUACGCCAGGAGAAGGCUUGCGGAUACGGCUUACCACGUCAAGGAUUACGCCAGGGAGUAUGGUGGCUACCUGCACAGUAGGGUCAAGGACGCCGCACCUGGCGCUUAA